AUGUUGAGUGUUUUAGGUGGAAGCUUAUGGGGAAGUUGGAAGGCUUUAGUGAUUUGUUCAGCAACAGGAGCAACAAUUUGUUAUUUAUUAUCUUAUUACUUCGGUAAAAACAUCACUGAAAAAUAUUGGAAGGAACGUAUGAUUAAUUGGAAUCAGCAAUUAAAUGAGCAUAGAAAUAAUUUGUUUUCUUAUAUAUUAUUUUUGAGAGUAACUCCAUUUCUACCAAAUUGGUUCAUCAAUAUUGCAUCUCCUCAUUUAAGAGUUGAUGUUGGUAAAUUUUAUUGGGCAACAUUCCUUGGUGUCGCUCCACUUUCUUUUAUCCAUGUCCAGGCGGGAGAAACUAUACAUGAAAUGUCAGAAGCUGAGAACUUUACAUUUCUAACAAUUCAAAAUAUAACCACAAUCAUAUUAAUCAGCAUUACUGCAUUAAUACCAAUUGUGUUAAAAUCCAAUUGUAACGCUUUAUUAAUGGGUAAUGCUGCUUCAAAAAAACGAUUGUCGAACAUCAUAAGCGAUCAUGAAAAAGGAAAGGAUAAAAGAGAUAAUAAUGGACCUAAUUCCGUUUCUGCUACUUCCAAAGACAAUUUAAGUGUUGAAACAAAUAGCAGAAAUUAG